CAAGUUUGGGGCAAACAAAAAUUCAGAUAAAGCAAGUUUUCAUAGGUAGAAGCAUGACUUCCAGGAAUAUGUCUUCAACUCAUGACAAAGUCGAAGAAACCCUAAAUACAGAAACAUUAUCGAUCCAGGAGGUAAAUAUGACAAGAGCCAAAUUGAAGAUGGAAGAAGUUAGAGAAGAAAACGAGAUAUUAAAACUCAGAUUGUCACAGGUUAUGAAAGACUACAAUUCUCUAAAAAAACAGUUAAACGGCAUAACUCAAGAAGAUGAAUCCAAGAAAUCAACGAAUCUGGGUUCCUUGGCUGCCUCCUCCGACGACGAUGAAUCCGAGUUGGUUUGUCUGAGUCUGGGGAGAUCUUCGAGGAAGAAGAUCAACCUUGAAAAUGAUAAACUUGAACUAGGCCUCAAUUCUAGAAAUCUGAGAAGUGAAAACAGCUUAGAUGAAUCCAAGGAAGAAGGGAGCAGCGACGUGCGAUCGUCUCCCAAACAUUCAAGGAGUAACGGAGAAGAUGAGAUUUUGCAGCACAACCCUUUGAAGAAACCUAGGGUUUCUGUAAGAGCUCUUUGCAACACUCAAACGAUGCAUGAUGGAUGCCAAUGGAGGAAAUAUGGACAGAAAAUAGCAAAAGGGAAUCCAUGCCCCAGGGCUUAUUACCGCUGCACUGUCUCCUCGUCCUGCCCUGUCAGAAAACAGGUGCAAAGAUGUAUAGAUGACAUGAGCAUAUUGAUCACCACCUAUGAAGGAACUCACAACCACCCUCUCCCGGCCUCGGCCGCCCCCAUGGCCUCCGCCACCUCCUCAGCCGCCACCAUGCUCAGCUGCGGCUCCACUCCAUUCGGAUACAACUUCCCUCGCGCCACCAUCUCCUCAUCGCAAUCGCACCCCACAGUCAUCCUCGACCUCACCGCACCAAAAUCAACAACCCUAUUUUCCAACACACGUUCUUCCCCAACUUCAUUUAACUUCUCAUCCAAUUUUCCCGCCAUAAACAACGCCACGGCGCCGCCUUAUUCCCAGCCCCCCUUGUUUUCCGGCACCCAGAAUGAUCAGAAGAUUGCUGCGGCGAUCGCCCACGAUCCCAACUUCCAAUCGGCGUUAGCUGCUGCCUUCACAUCAAUUGUUGGGAAUAAUAAUAAUAAUGGUGGGAUGAAUUUUCAGCAUCUGAAUUUUGCGCAGGCGUCAACGAGUAGUGCUGGUUGUGCAGCAAGCUUCAUGAACAGAUUUGGUCAACCAGUGAAUUCCCAACAGGCAAAUUUUGCUCCGUUGCAAAUGGGGGAAUCGAAAUCCCGAGCUAUGUCAGUGGCAGAUGAGGGAGAACAGAUGAAGUUAUGAUCGAUCCACAGGAUUUUCUUUUAUUUUGGGAUUUCUGGCGCGUGGUCAUAUAUACUGUAAAUAAGGAAUACGCGUUUUGGUAUGCAUCCUCAAAUGAAUCCACCGUUAAAACCUAA